AUGGUUCCUUUGGGUUGGAUUGGUGGUGUUGUUGGUUUGAUUCUUGCUACUGCAAUAUCUCUUUAUGCAAAUGCUCUUAUUGCUAUGCUUCAUGAAUUCGGCGGAACUAGACAUAUUCGAUACCGCGAUCUUGCUGGAUUUGUAUAUGGUAGAAAAAUAUAUUCCCUCACUUGGACUCUGCAGUAUGUCAAUCUUUUCAUGAUAAAUACUGGCUACAUCAUUUUAGCAGGUUCGGCUUUGAAGGCUGUUUAUGUCCUAUUUAGGGAUGAUGAUCAGAUGAAGCUUCCACAUUUUAUUGCCAUAGCUGGACUUGUGUGUGCAAUGUUUGCCAUUUGUAUUCCCCAUCUUUCGGCUCUUGGAAUUUGGCUCGGAUUUUCAACGGUCUUAAGCCUCGCAUACAUUGUCAUAGCGCUUGCACUGUCACUAAAAGAUGGAAUAAAAUCACCAGCUCGAGAUUAUAGUAUUCCAGGGACAUCAACAAGUAAAAUAUUUACAACAAUUGGAGCGUCUGCAAAUCUUGUGUUCGCAUAUAACACAGGAAUGCUUCCUGAGAUACAGGCGACGAUCAGGCAACCGGUUGUCAAAAACAUGAUGAAAGCCCUAUACUUUCAGUUUACCGUUGGAGUUCUGCCAUUAUAUUUGGUUACGUUUGCAGGUUACUGGGCUUAUGGAUCUUCAACAGAAACCUAUUUGUUGAAUAGUGUCAAUGGUCCAAUCUGGGUGAAGGCUUUGGCCAACAUUGCAGCCUUUUUUCAAUCAGUCAUUGCAUUGCAUAUAUUUGCAAGUCCAAUGUAUGAAUAUUUGGAUACCAAACAUGGAAUCAAAGGGAGUGCUCUGGCUUUUAAGAAUUUGUCAUUUCGAGUUUUGGUUAGAGGAGGAUACAUGACUUUGAACACAUUUGUAUCAGCUCUUUUGCCAUUCCUUGGAGAUUUCAUGAGCCUCACAGGAGCUAUAAGCACAUUUCCUCUUACAUUUAUCCUUGCACACCAUAUGUACCUAGUGGCAAAUAAGAACAAACUAAAAUCUACUCAAAAGCUAUGGCAUUGGCUCAACAUUUGGUUUUUUGCUGUCAUGUCUCUUGCAGCAACUAUUGCAGCACUGCGGCUUAUUGCUCUCGACUCAAAAACUUAUCAUGUUUUUGCUGAUUUAUGA